AGAAUCCUAGUCCUUCGGUCCUAUUCUUCUUCUUCUUCUCUCUGCCUGGCUUGCACGAGUUGGGGAUCCAAAUGGAGGAGACUCUCUCGGAAGUGAUGCGCUCACUCCCUCCAGGGUUCAGAUUCCAUGCCACGGAUGAGGAACUUCCGAUUUUUUACUUGAAGCCCAAGAUUCUUGGACGACCCGACGAACCCUACUACGACAUAAUCCCAGAGAUCGAUGUGUGCGAAAUCGAACCAUGGCAACUGCCCGCCAUGUUCGAUCCCAUGUUCAACGGGAAGGAGAUGUUUUUCUAUUGCCGCGUGAAGCGCAAGUAUUCGAACAGCAGGCGCUCCGACCGCACGACUGGCACCGGUUACUGGAAAGUGACUGGCAAGGAACGCGCCAUCAUGAGCGAGGACACCAACGAGCAGAUAGGAAUCAAGAAGACGCUGGUGUUCUACAAAGGCCGCGUGCCUAAAGGCAAAAGGACCAAUUGGGUCGUGCACGAAUAUCACCUAAAUUCCAAGUGUUUGGGCGAUAAUCACAGCGAAGGCGAGAUGCUGCCUUAUGUGGCGUGUCGGAUCAAGAACAAGAAAGACAAGCAAGUGAUGAUGGGUCACGCUCCAACAAUCAGCCCUGAAGGCUAUUCAAGCAGCCCAUACACAUGCACUAGCGAUGUAUCAGACACCCCUGGGAAUCAAGAAGGGGACUUACCGAGCCUUUGCAACACCCCCAACAAUGAAGUUGCUGAUGUUCAACCCGAGAUGGUAGUGACUGUGAGAAAGUCAAUGGAGUCGCUCACACUGGAUGACUAUGUAUCAGACCAUAACAUCGCUCAACCCUAUCAGGCACAGGCUGUUUAUGCUCAACCAGAGAUGUCGCUGGAAGAGUUAAUGGAUUUGCUCCCUCCAUUGGAGACGGAAAAUGACCAUGUAUCAGACUACAUCAACACUCCGGUCUAUCAGCCACAGCCAGGAGAGGCGGAAGGAUUGUCUCCCUAUUUUGACUAUGGAUACAUGCCAUCUCCAUGCAGCAAUUUCGGUUUGGGGUGGGGCAUUGUCUGAGGACUUCUGUCGAUCAUGAUAUGGAAGGAGUUGUGCGCGAGCAUGUGUGGGUUUUUACUUGUUAAUGUAUUUAGUAUUGUGAAGGGAAACAUUAGUAGUUUGGUAAUUUGUGCCUGUAUUAGUUUGAGAGUCGUGCUUUUUAUUUUGUUUUCUUCAAGGUUGUGUUCUCUGCUAACUAAGAUGUAAUAAU